AGACGAUAGAGAAAAAUGGGUGAACUGCUGAAUUUAUCAGAUGAAAUUUUAGUUCACAUCCUGGCGUAUUUGUGUAGUGUAGACCUUAUUCAGCUGUACAAAGUGAAUAAACGGAUAUGGAAUUUAUCUCGAGAUAAAACCCUGAGUAGAAGGUUAAACUUCAGAAGAGAGGCAAGGUUUGAUCUGAAAGAUUUUAAGAAGUACCUUUCUAACCCAGUUUUUGAGAAUAUUGAGGCUUUGAACUUGAAUUCUAUUUACUGGAUACCAGCUCGGGAAUUCAGGUUCUUGAUAAAAUGUAAGAAGUUGAAAUGUUUACAUAUUGCUGACACGAAACUAUUAAGCCAGGAUGUUCUAGCGUUCUUGGCAGAAUUACCUCUUCUAGAGAAUAUUUCCUUUUCUUGGAAUCUUGCAACUCCAAUCCGCAGUAGCUUCCCUGGGAUCAAAACCGCUAACAUUCACUUCAUCUGCACAAAAGACACAAGAGGAAGUCCGAGUCUAAAAGAUUGGUUUCCUGCACUGCAGUGUGCCCGGGUAUAUGUUGAAAAGAUUACCUCUAACAGCUUCAAUCUUCCAGGCUUCCCUAAACUUGCAGUUUGCUUCGACAGCAUUACAGAGUGCAUAGUGGAGUCCAAUGAGGAGAGUGUAAUAAGUUUACCUGAUCUGAUAAACAAGGACAAGGAUGAGAUAAAUGUGAAUAGCAUGAAUCCUUCUCCCUCCGAUGUAUCCUCCGCUAAAAGGCUGAAUGUGUGGCCUCAACAGGAGGUGUUUAACUUUGUUCUCAGUGAUCUUCUCAGCCAAGAGUUUACGAGGCUAACCUCAUUUAGGUGUGAUGUGAUUAGCUUGACAACAUUAGAUGGCGGAAUUCAACUUUUUCAAGAUUUUAUUCUUCAAGUCAAGAACACAUUGACGGAGGUGAGACUGUAUCAGAUUACCAGCGCCACCUGUAGUAGUGAGGUGUUGGAAAAAUCAGAUCAAAUCCUUAAUUCUCUUCCUUCCCUUAGUGCUCUUACUCUGCUUUACCUUAGGAAUGUGAAAAUUCCUGUGGGGAAGAAGCUGUUUGAGAAACUGUUUACUGGAUGCCAACAGCUGGAAAACUUGAUUCUAGAAGAAGUCCCUAGUCUGACCCCUAAGUAUCAACUUCUACAAGAAUUGUCUACACAGUUACAUACAUCCAACCUUAGACAUUUCUGGUUUGGGAUGAAGAGUUGGAUAACCACGGACCGGCAGCUAAUACCGGCAUUAAAAUCCUGUUCUUCUCUUCAAUCCUGUAUUCUAGUAGAUAACUCCAGAGCUAUUCCCAGGAAGUUGGAUAUAAGCAGAUUAGAUAAUAUUGUGACUGGGUGUAAAGCUUUGGAGUUUUUAUAUCUUGAAACCCCAGCUAUUACACUCGCGGAUUCUAAACUGCUCAAGAGUCGGUUAAACCAGACUAGGAAGGAAAGACCGUGGUUUGUUUGCUGUGUAGGACAAGACUCUAAAAUACGAGAGGAUCCCGAUAUUCCAGUUUGUUUUAAGAAACUAAUCCAGCAUUCCUGCAGUACAUUUAUUUAAACAAUAAUAUUCCUGAAGUACAUGUAUCUAAGCAAUAUUGUUCCUGCAGUACAUUUAUCUAGACACUAAUAUUCCUGCAGUACAUUUAUUUAAACAAUAAUAUUCCUGCAGUACAUUUAUUUAAACAAUAAUAUUCCUGAAGUACAUGUAUCUUAGCAAUAUUGUUCCUGCAGUACAUUUAUCUAGACACUAAUAUUCCUGCAGUACAUUUAUUUAAACAAUAAUAUUCCUGAAGUACAUGUAUCUAAGCAAUAUUGUUCCUGCAGUACAUUUAUCUAGACACUAAUAUUCCUGCAGUACAUUUAUCUAAACAAUAAUAUUCCUGAAGUACAUGUAUCUAAGCAAUAUUGUUCCUGCAGUACAUGUCUCUAAACACUAAUAUUCCUGCAGUACAUGUUUCUAAACAAUAAUAUUCCUGCAGUACA